UGCACGAUGGUGGCGGCGGGGCCCGGCGACGGCGGCGGCAGCAGCAGCAGCAGCGGGUAGAAAAUGGCGGAUUUCGAGGAGCUGCGGAAUAUGAUAUCAAGUUUUCGUGUUUCUGAACUACAAGUGUUGUUGGGCUUUACUGGCCGUAACAAAAGCGGGCGGAAGCAUGACCUUCUCAUGAGGGCACUGGACUUACUGAAGAGUGGCUGCAGCCCAGCAGUUCAGCUAAAAAUCCGAGACCUCUAUAGGCAUCGGUACCCAAGGAUAAUUGAAGGACAUUCAGACUUUUCCACUAUAAAACCUAACUUUUUCGAUUUGGACGGUAUCUCCUGUCCUGUGGAACCUGACCUGGCUGUUGGUGGCAUCCACCCACUCCCUUCCACUUCAGUCACGCCUCAGUCUCCUUCCUCGCCUAUCAGUUCUUUGUUUCUCCAAGACACUAAGCCCCACUUUGAGAUGCAGCAGCCAUCCCCACCGAUUCCACCCGUUCAUCCAGAUGUGCAACUGAAGAGCCUCCCUUUUUACGAUGUGCUUGAUGUGCUCAUAAAACCUACAAGUCUCGUACAGAGCAGUAUUCAGAGGUUCCAAGACAGGCUUUUUAUCUUUGCUUUAACACCUCAACAGGUCAGAGAAAUCUGUAUUUCCAGAGACUUCUUGCCAGGAGGCAGGAGAGAUUACACAGUCCAAGUUCAGCUAAGGCUGUGCCUAGCAGAGACAAGCUGCCCUCAAGAAGAUAAUUACCCUAAUAGUUUGUGUAUUAAAGUAAAUGGGAAGCUGUUUCCAUUGCCGGGUUAUGCUCCACCGCCAAAAAAUGGAAUUGAACAGAAGCGACCUGGACGCCCCUUGAAUAUAACGUCUCUAGUUAGGUUGUCAUCAGCAGUGCCAAACCAGAUUUCCAUUUGCUGGGCUUCAGAAAUCGGAAAGAACUACUCCAUAUCUGUGUACCUCGUUCGUCAGCUCACUUCAGCUAUGCUUUUGCAGAGGCUAAAAAUGAAAGGUAUCAGAAACCCUGAUCAUUCCAGAGCACUAAUUAAAGAAAAACUGACAGCAGAUCCUGACAGUGAGAUUGCCACAACCAGCUUGCGGGUGUCUCUGAUGUGUCCUCUGGGAAAAAUGAGACUGACAAUCCCCUGCCGGGCUGUUACUUGCACACACCUGCAAUGUUUUGAUGCUGCUCUUUACCUUCAAAUGAAUGAAAAGAAGCCCACCUGGAUCUGCCCUGUCUGUGACAAAAAAGCAGCUUAUGAGAGCCUAAUAUUAGAUGGGCUCUUUAUGGAAAUCCUUAACGAAUGUUCUGAUGUGGAUGAGAUCAAAUUCCAAGAAGAUGGCUCCUGGUGCCCCAUGAGGCCAAAGAAAGAAGCCGUGGAAGUCUCAAGUCCACAGUGCACCAAGAUAGAAAGUUCCAGUGUUGUUAGCAAACUGUGUUCUGUGACCGUGGCCAGUGAGGCAAACAAGAAGAAAGUUGACGUUAUUGACUUGACAGUAGAAAGCUCUUCUGAUGAAGAGGAAGAUCCUGCUGACGAAAGGAAGUGCAUAUUUAUGUCUGAAACGCAAGGAAGCCCAAACAAAGGGGUGCUCAUGUAUCAGCCAUCCACUGUCAGAGUGCCGAGUGUGACAACGGUUGACGCUGCUGCUGUUCCCCCUUCGUUAACAGACUACCCAGUGCCAUUCCAUCACCCACCGAUAUCCAGUAUUUCAUCCGACUUGCCAGAGAAGAGGAGGAGAGAUGCUGCUGGCCAGAACAGAUUUGGAGGUCUGGAUUUCCUUUCACUAAUCCCAGUCGAUUCACAGUACUGUCCUCCUAUGUUUUUGGAUAGUCUCACCUCAACCUUAACAAGCAGCAGCACGCCUGGCACCAUCAUCACCUCUACCAGCCACGACGAGAGCAGCACGCACGUUAGCUCCUCGGGCAGGGCCGAGACGGGCGUCAUAACCAGCAGCGGCAGCGCUCCCGACAUCAUCUCCCUGGACUGAGAGUGCAGGGACUCGCUCCCAGGGACACCCCACACAGCUUUUUGUCUCUCUGGAACUUUGCCAUCUCGGAAUGUUAACGCUGAUAUUUAUUGCAAGGAUUUGCCUUUCUGGAGAGUGAUGUAAAAUCAUCUACACUAGAGACAGGGGAUAGAUGGGGCUGGAUUUUGUUUCUCUCUUGUUCUAGGGGUUGUGGGUUUUUUCUUUAAAUAGCCAGUAGAGAAAAUGCCUCUUCAGAUAAUGCUUUGGCCUUGUUCUUGGGGAAUUGACUUUUUGCUGCUGGUUAGGUUUUCUGAAUGUUGUUUUUUAUUGUAAAACACAGCAAUAAUGUAAAAACAAAGGGGAGUUUAAUUAAAGGAAAAAAACAAGCACUUAAACGCUCUAGACCACCACCCCUGCCACCCUGGACAGUGGGGCAGGUGCGUGGACUCUGGUGAGUUUCUAGUAUUUUCAUGUUUCAGCUUCCUUUAAGACAGUGAAGCUUUGUGAAGUAGCCAUGUCUCUUCCUCCCGACCUGAGGAGGUCAGGGAAGAUGUUGUAAAGGGGAUCCUAUCAUUUGUUUGUUUGUUGUUGUUUUUUCUGCUGAAUUCAUGUCUUUCACAAAUGCAAUGAAAUCCUAAGCUGUGA